AUGGGUUUGAGGAAGUUUAAGGAGAUAGCAUCUGCAUACUUGGUUGCCAUUUGGGUGAAGUGAAAGAAGGAGAAGUGGUAUCGAAAAUGUUAUCUGGCGUGUUUCGCUUGGAGAUAAUGAAUUCAAAGUGAUGCCUGCUGUAACAGGUGUGCACAGUGCUGUAGAGGGUGCUUACAGUUCAGCUUAGGGCUGGUAGGAAGUAACAUGUGAGUCCUGAAGUCAGUCGGUCUGGGGGUCAUUGUCCUAAACAGAGAAGAUAGGAAGGAAAUAGGAGCUGAGCAUUUAGAGGUAUUCUUUGUGGUUUAAUAUUGUACCCAUGGGUCAUCCUCAAAAGAUGUGCCCGGAUUUCCCGGGGACUUUCGGAAACCCCGCUACCUUCCGACCCCGCGGAACGCUCCCAGGGGAAGCGUCGCUAGGCCACCAGAGGGCGCCAGGCGGACCCAGCGACCUCAGAGUCGCGUUAUGGCCGCGGCGCGGGUACAGCUGCUCCUGUCCGGGCGUCCGGAGUUGGUGAGCUUCGCACGGAGUGUGUGUGGCCUCCUGGGAGCCGGGCCAGGGCUCGGGCCGUGGCCCAUUCACUGCAGCUUGAAGCGAGGACGGAUUGUCCUCUCGAGUAGGCCCUUCCCAGGCGCCUCCGCUAGGCUUCCGCUCCAGCGACCCCCUUUCUGCCCUUUUGCGGCCCUGGACGAGCAGCCCAGGGUUCCUGGGGCUGAGCUGCCCACAGAUCGAGGUGUGGACCUGGGUGUGGCCGUCAUUCUGCAGUCCAGCGACAAGACUGUCUUGCUGACCAGAAGGGCACGCACCCUCAGCGUUUCCCCCAACCUCUGGGUACCCCCGGGUGGGCACGUGGAACUUGAGGAGGAGCUGCUGGACGGAGGGCUUCGAGAACUUUGGGAAGAGUGUGGACUACACCUGCCCCAGGGCCAGUUCUCUUGGGUCCCUCUGGGUUUAUGGGAGUCUGCCUACCCUCCUAGGCUGAGCUGGGGUUUACCCAAGUACCAUCACAUUGUUCUGUAUCUACUGGUGAUCUCCCAGGAAUCACAGCAGCAGCUGCAGGCCCGGAUCCAACCAAACCCAAGUGAGGUGAGCGCCCUUAUGUGGCUGACACCAGAUGUAGCUGCUGCAGUGGCUGCCACAGAGGAUGGGACAGAGACACCCAGACUUCUCCCCCAGGACCUACCACCCUCUGUCCUUGCACUGGAACUAGAAGAGGAUGGAAAAGCCCGACCUCUGGUCCUGCCCAUGUCCACCCUGCUGCGGAUGAUCCCAACCAUGGCAGAGGGCAAAGAGAGAGUCAGCACUGGAAGCAAGUUUGCCCUCAGGCUCUGGCUGCAACAUCUGGGCAGAACACCCCCACCGUGUAAAAGUGCAGCUCACCUGGACCCAGGGCCAGCAAAGGAAGAAUGGAACAUGGACCCUCUUCCCCCAAACCAGGGGUCUGGAAAGUGAAGUGUAAAAUCCCCUCCCUAGCCCACCUCCGUGACACUCACAGAACAUUCACAACCUUUAUUAUGGGUGAGAGCUUCACUACAACUUUAGGAAUAAAAAGUGAAAUUACAACAUAGGUCCCAGGCCUUGGAGGAGCCUGAAAAAGAGGAUUGGGAAGGAGGGCACAGGGUCCUCCCACCUCCCUGGAAAGGUGCAGAAUGAGCCAGGCCUAACCACAGGGCCAUGAGCCUCUAGAAGCUUAGGGCGGAAUAAGAAACACUGUGAACUUAAAUAUAUAAAUAGAGAGAGACCCAGGCAAUAGGCCGGGCCUGACUCCCAAACCACUGGGGGAUCAUGGCUAAGGCCUUACAUCCUCCUCUGUCAUACUGGAGUAGGAGGCAGGGGAAGUCAUCUUUGGAGUAUUUUGGUUUUUCUUAUUUAUGUACAAAAAAUUCCACAUCCACAAUCCAAAAUAAAGUUCUCUGUCCAUCUCUGAAA